AUGUUUAUACAGUGUAAAUAUAUUUUAAUAUAUGAUAUAAUUAUUGUGUGGCUUUUAUAUUCUGAUACAAUAUGUGCAAAUGUAAAAAAUGUAACAAAAUUUGCUGGCGUUGUCGAAAAUAUUACAGUGCACGUUUCAGAAAAUGAAAGUUAUUUCAAAAACGACAAUGUACUAAAAUCAUUGAAAUUGAAUGUAUCUUGGACGCCACCAAAUGGAGAAAAAGAACCUUCUUCAUACAGUGUUAUGAUUACAAGUAUGUUAAAAGAAACUGAUAUAAAUAGAACAGAAUGUACAGAAGGUCUCGCACUCUACAAUGUGCAAAAUAAAAGUCAAUUUAGCAUAUUAGUACCACAAGAUAAAUUAUUGAAUGGUAUAUCGGAUAUACAAAUACAUCCAAAUUGUACCUACAAAAUACAAGUGUAUGCCAAUCCGAGAGUUAAGCCCAUAGGAAAGUUACCAGAGGUCAUCUAUAGAGUUCCAGAAUGUAUAAGACAUAAAUGCAGUUGCGCAGAUGCAAAAUCUAUCUUGCCUAUUCCAAAAGUAGAAGUAAUCCGAGCAAGAGAAGAUGUAGUUAUUAACUGGAACAUUACGUCGAAUAAUUCUCACAUUCAUUCUUAUAUAAUUAGUGUUGGCAUACCAUUGUUGAUAUCAAAAACGGGACAUUCUGUGUAUAAUAUCACAAAGAUAAGUAACGUGACUUCUACAAUAAAUACCUUUAAUUGGAACAUGAGAAUUGAUGAUCAAUAUGUAAAAGUAAAAAAUGGAUAUAAAAUAUUGGUAGCUGCAAUGGAUUAUCGAAAUUGUUUAGGAACUCAAGGUGGUUACACUAUUGUUGAUAUAAGCAAAACUAAAAUACUGGACAGGAGUGCUAUGUGGCUAUUACUUGCCGGUAUUGUCAUUUGUGUUAUACUAGGCUUUAUUAGUAUUAUAUCAAUACAUAAUAAAAAUGGGUAUCAACUUGUAUUUCCUUUCAGACGCAAACAUUUUAUUUUUAACGAUAGGAGACAAACAGUGUCUGAUCCUUCUGCUUGUAAACUGGCUCAAUGGCCAGAUCCAGUUUUUCAGAGACGUAAUAUCGAUGUAUAUGUUGAACAAAAAUCUGAGGGGACAUGUUACAAAGUUCAGAAAGAUGAAUUUGAAGUACCAUACAAAUAUAUAAAUUUUAUAUAUGAAUUAGGAAAGGGACAAUUUGGUAAAGUAUACCUAGGUAGCUUAAACAACAAGAACAUAUUAGUAGCUGUUAAAAUGUCACAAUGUUCUGAUGCAUGUAACGAAUUUGAAGCCAGACAUCAAUUACUGGAAGAAAUUAAAAUAAUGAAGGCAGCUGGUUCUCAUACACAUUUAGUGAGCCUUAUAGGUUGCUGUACUUUACCUAAUAAUCCUAUAUGCAUACUUUUAGAAUAUAUGGAAGGUGGAGAUUUGCUUGCAUAUCUACAUUAUAGAAGAAAAUUUAAAUCAGAUGAUCAACUUUUGUAUAGUGUUGAAAAGGCUGUAUCUAAAUACACAAAUAUUGUUGAAAGAAACAAAAAUGUUAAUGAAAAUUUGUAUGAUACAAUUGAUAAUCAACAAUUUAUAAAGUUUGCACUUGAUAUUGCAAGAGGAAUGGAACAUUUGGAAGCUAAAGAAAUUAUACAUAGAGAUUUGGCAGCAAGAAAUAUCCUCCUUACUUCAGAUCGAACACUAAAGAUUUCUGAUUUUGGUUUGUCACGAAAUGGAAUAUAUGUAAUAAAUAAUAUGGCUGGCAAAAUUCGUCAACUCCCAAUACGUUGGAUGUCACCAGAAGCUAUAUGUGAUCAUGCUUUCUCUUCUAAAAGUGACGUCUGGUCAUUUGGUGUUGUGCUCUGGGAAAUUGGAACUCUAGGUUCUUUUCCAUAUGCUAGUAUACAAGAUAACGAGUUAUUGCGUUAUUUAAUUCAGGAUAAAUGUCGUUUGACAUGUCCUAAUACAGUUUCUCACAAUAUAUAUAAAGUUAUGUGUUGUUGUUGGAAUAUGGUUCCGCAAGAUAGACCUAGUUUUGCACAACUUGUUUUAGAUUUGCAAAUAUUAAAAAAAUCUUUACAUUCUAUGCAUGAUGCAAGCAAUCCUUGUUAUGCAUUGCAUUCAUAUUAA